AUGCGGAUUUUGGUAACCCUGCUAGCAGCCGUAGCGUCUACUCUUCUUUCGAGUGGCAUCGCUCUACAGACAGACCCCGAAAAAACAUCGAUUGCAGCGAUCCGGCAGACCGAAGUAGGCCACUUUGUCCACACCCCAAGUGCUGAUAACGGCAACAGGCUUCUGCGCUUACGCAAAACGAACUACGACGAAGAUGAAGAGAGAAAAGAGAAAUUCUGGAUAAAGCCAGACUGCUGUCGGAUUUAG